AUGGCUACAAGUGAUUUUGAUGUGGAGCUCUUCGAGCGAAGACUUCACACACUGAAGGAUUCGCAGGAGUCAAUACAAGGCCUUUCAGCAUGGUGUUUGGAAAGGCGGCAACAUCACAAGAAGAUUGUUGCCACUUGGUUGCAGGUUUUAAAGAAGGUAAAAGUUGAGCAUCGUUUGACACUCUUUUAUCUGGCAAAUGAUGUUAUCCAAUAUUCCAAAAGAAAAAAUUUUGAAUUUGUGGAGUCAUGGGGCACUACUUUACAACGGGCAACAACUAUGGUUAGAGAUGAGAAAGUCAAACAUCGUAUACUGAGGAUUUUUAAAAUUUGGGAUCAAAGACAAGUAUAUGAUGAAGAGUUCCUCGCAGAUUUGUCAGGAUUAAUUUCAGCAGCCCCAAAAAAGAAAUUAGAACCCCAGGCAUCAGCACCAGCAGAAGAAUUUCAAGCUGCACUGCUCAUUUCUACUAUGAGAUCAUGUGCUACAUUAGAACAAGCAACUGAUGCAAGAUUAAGAGACUUACGUGAUAGUAACAUAGAUGUAGAAAAUGCAGAAGAAUUAUGUGCAUCUUUGAAAGAUAGAAGAAGGGUUGAAGAUGCAGAGAAAGAAGUAGAUCUGGCAGUUAGAAAUGUUGAAAAUUAUGUUCGUGCAUUAGAAGCAGAAAUCAGGGAAAGAACACAAGUUCUUGAGCUAUUGGAACAGGCUGAUCAAUUUUAUGAAACUCAAAGGGGUGAAGUGAAAAUAGUUACUAAUGCAUACAGAAAUUUUGGAAGUCGUGUAAAAAAUUUAAAGAAAAAAUUGGAUGAGCUUUUGCCAACACUAGUUUCUCCAAUCCCAUCACCAGAUAUAAAUGCUCCAUCUCCAAGUCCUGACAGUGACAUAGAACUUCCAGGAGAAGAUACUCAGUCUCAAAAUCAGUUAGGAAUGAUAGAUGUAGCACCACCAUCUAUGUAUGGUUCAUAUUCACAUGACUAUGACCCAGUACCUGUACCAGCUCCAGAAAUGGGUCAGGGCAAUGAUUCUGGUGACUUCACUAAUAAUUUUUCAUCUUUUAUGGGAGGAAAUGUGGAUUUUGGUAAUAUGAGGAAUAUAUUUAAUGAAAGAUCAUCAACACCUACUGGAAUGUCACAACAGUAUAAUGAUUCAAUAGAGGCUAAACCAAUAGAAGUGAUCAAUAUGAGGCCCUCCAAAAAUGAAAGUAGUAGCGCAGAUUUUAAUAUCUCUAGUUUCUUAAAGACUGUUCUUCCCUCAUCUGAUGGAACACAAGACCCUGGUGGAAUUCCCGGUCUUGGUCUAGAUAUUCCCGAAUCGCAAGUGGGGUCUCCACAGCGUUCGAAUUAUAGACAUUCACCUGUAUUAGCACAACAUCCUGUAACCCCUGUGAUCUCAAGAAUGAUGGGUAAUCAGAGCACGCCUAUGGGCGUGAAUAAUUGCCAGAUAACUCAUAGUACUCCGUUACCUGUUCGAAACCUGUCUGGCGAGUCGCACACUCCUUCCCCGUAUUCCAGUCAAAAUAGUCAAAGUAAUAUUACCGUACCUUUCGAUGGCCCUACUAAUAAUAACACCGUUAAUCCUUUACCACCUCCACCUUUACCACCCCCAAUUUUCCUCGACGAUGAAAAUUGUUAUAACAAGUUACCACCUAAGUUUCCCACGUGGACGCCACCUAACGAAACUAUGAAGGAACCUGCCAAAUGGGAAGAGAAGGCGGGUAUCGCUAUGUUCGUAGGGAAGAAUAGUAUGAAUCCGACCUGGCCUGGUGAGUGUGACGAAAAAACGAAAACAUGGAUGGACGGUGAUACUGAUAGGUGGGACUCUAAUAAUGAGACCACGUGGACUAACACUGUUAGGGGGAAAAACGAAAUUCUAUCUGAAACGCCAGAAUCACCACCUAUGUACGAGAAAGCUGGAUUCACAGAUCCGGUAGAAUACGAUGACUCUCAACCACAAGAAUCUCUUUUAAGCACCACCGGGGAUGUAGAUCAUAGAGUGAUACCUAUUCCGAUGACGGUGGAAAAUCAAUUACCAUAUCGUUUAAUGAAAGCAGCGGAUGUCGAUCAUCGUAAUUUAAUUAGCUUAACAGGAAGCCCGGCAAACCAUAAUGUCAACGACCCUUCUAUGAACCUGAUAGCGAACAGUAAUAGCCUAUGGUCUACAGGCGAUCAGGAUUACCGGCAACAUAUGCAACCGGGCGAUAUCGUGGAAAGCGUCGACAUGGAGAUGUCGGACGACGAGACUGAUAGUAAGCCAAAGGGAAGAGUUUUGGUUGACGUGAGAUCACAGGACAGAGACAUGAGGGUUGGUAAUCAAUCUGCGACGUCCCAACACAUGGACAUGGACAUGCGAAUGAUUCCACUGCCCACAGGGCAGAUGCCAGGCCCGCAUGGACAGAUAAUGCAGGACGUACACAUGAUGCAUUCAGGGCCCCCUCCGCCUCCACCCCCGCCGCCGCAGUUUCACCCAGGUCAACCUUUUCAUCAGGAUCAAACAGACUUUCGACACAAUCCAUCAGCGGAGUUUCACCCAGCUCAGUCGAACUUCCAUCAGAACAGGCCACCACCCAACUUCAUUCAGAACCAACAGGACUUCGGCCAACAAGAGUUUCAUCAAAUGCAUCAAACUCAACCAGAGUUUCCUCAACAAGAAUUUGAGUAUCGUGAGAACCACGCUUUGAGACCUAACCAAGAUUUUCUCGGUGAACCACAAAUGCGUGGCAGGUACUCACAACCAACGGAGCACCAGCACAGGGACAUGACGUUCCAUAGAAACGAACGGGGGGGUCGCGGCGGGCGUGGGUUUCCCAGAAAUCGACGGGACAGAUAUUCUGACGACCAUAAGCAGAGGAACCUUCAGAACAAUCGCAAACCUCGGGCGCAAGAUCAUCAAAGAUCACCAGAAAUCUUACCUAAUAGUAGACCUCUGUUAGUACCAGCACCUGACACCGUGGUGAUACUUGACGAAGAGGGUAUGCCCAUAGGACUCCCCAACGAUAAGGACACCCCAGCGAAUGCAGAGGCGCCAGAUGCGGUGCAAGAGGAGAACUGUCAAGAUCGUAGGCUACCACACGCAAACUCACGUGAUUUAGAUCAGCAAUCCGUUUACUCGAGCGGAUCGAAUCUCGUUCACGAACACGAGCACACUGAACCUACGAACACAGAGUCGGAGGAAUCACAGGCGAUGAACCAAGUGACAGUUGUACCCGUGAUAACGGAUCCUAAAGAUCCUCAGCACAAUCAGUACGUUCCUAUGGCUGUGUAUGAGGAACAGGUCGAGUCUGAGGUGGUGAUCUCAGAGAAGACCUGUGACAGCACCGAAUCGAUGGAGAAUCCUGGUCAGGAGAUGAGUUUCACCGAGCAGUCACAGCAGCAACAGGAUCAGUUGGACGAUCUCGGAGGCUCGACGCCAAGCAACGAGCUGAAGAGAUCGUCGGCGAACGGCAGUUUCGACGAGAGCGACGCCAGCCCUAGUAAAAAGAGAAUCGCCCUGUCGAAUGGUCCCCAAACUCCGACCGAGUCUGACGCUGGUCUGAACGGGCCCCUACCGCAGGUCUCGGCGGAGGCGCAUCAAGGGAUGUACGAUUUCGACGGUCCAGUUGGACCGAAUUUCCGACCGCGUCUCGGUGGCCCUGUUCCAUUCCCUCCAUGGAGAGGCGGCCCACCGCGAGGUAGAGGUUUCAGAGGUGGACCUAGGGCUCCAUGGAUGGAUAGAGGGCCCCGUGGUCCCGUGAUCGGUAACUUUAUACCGAGGGGUUUGAAACGCGGUGGACAAUUCAGGGGUAACGGUUUCAGGGGUCGGGGACGUGGAAACAAUUGGUAGGUGGGAAUAAAUUUUUACCAAGAAAGAGAUUUGCACCGCUUUUAAUGAAACAAACGAUCGUUUUUUGUAUUCUGUACAUAGGUAUUAUAUUAUUACUAAAAGAAAAUGGAAACACAUAUUUCAUCGUCACCAACGAGGGGGUGGGUGAACAUUUGUCAAUGCGUGUAUCUCUCGACACAGAGGAAACAGG